AUGCUCAGAUUUUCCUCUGCGACGUCUCCAGCAGCAGCCCGAGACGUGGAGCUGGAUGCGGAGCAUUGUUCCACGUCUGGAAGAGAUCUGCAGCUGGAUGUGAGGCGCCUCCGUGUGAUGCAGCUGUGUGAUGGGAGGACACGAUGGGAAACAAGCAGACGACCUUCACAGAGGAGCAGCUGGAGGCGUAUCAGGACUGCACCUUCUUCACCCGGAAGGAGAUCCUGAGUCUACAUGGACGGUACCGUGAGCUGGCUCCACACCUGGUUCCGCUGGACUACACCAACAACCCAGACAUCAAAGUCCCAGCGACACUCAUCGUCACCAUGCCUGAACUGAAGGAGAAUCCAUUCAGAGACAGAAUUGUGGAGACAUUUUCCGAGGACGGACAGGGGAACAUGAGCUUCACUGACUUUGUCGACAUGUUUUCUGCUCUCUGUGAAGCUGCACCAAGAGAGCUGAAGACCAUUUAUGCAUUCAAGAUCUACGACUUUAACAGAGAUAGCUUCAUCUGUAAGGAGGACCUUAAGAAGACCCUGAACAAGCUCACCAAAGGAGAGCUGACCCCCGAGGAGGUCACGCUGGUCUGUGAUAAGGCCGUGGAGGAAGCUGACCUCGACGGAGACGGCAAGCUCUCCUUUGCAGAUUUUGAGAACAUGAUCUCCAAAGCUCCUGACUUCCUGAGUAACUUCCACAUACGAAUAUGAGACCACCACACAAAGAUCUUGUGGAGGGCAGAUGUCUCCCCUGGACCUAUUUCUGCCUCGACCCAGUGCCUGUCCUUUCUACCAAGCGUCUCGUUCCUCUGCAGACUGAGAUUGGGACUCUGAGCAGCACAGGAGACGGUUCUGGAUGUUGUUCCUGCACAAAGCUGCUCUCUGGACUGAAUUUGUGUCCUGUCAGACCGACUUUGACACAAACCUGGAGGACCGUGCUGCACAGCUGGACUUUCCCAUGCUUCUCAGUCUGUCUCAGACCGGACUCUUCUCUAAAAGCACAUGUUUAAAGGGCAAACAGCGAGGAGCUAUGCAAUCUUUCUUUCUGAUGUGCAUGCUGUAAAUAACUUCCAGCUAGUGAGUUUGUACUUGUGCUUUAGUGAUGCGUUCAGGUGCACACUGACAAUCAUAGUGAACUGUAGCUCAGUUGAUAGAAGGGCUCUCUGUCAUCUCACCUGCUUCCACUAGUCUCCUCCUGACAGGUAACUCAUCUAAAGGCUUCUACUCAUUUAACUCUGGAUGUUUUCUGGCUCGCAUCAAAUAAAAACGAUUUUCUGUCUCAGUG